AUGAGUGUUGUUUUACUUUUUUCUGCAUGUUGGUUUGGUUACGAACUGACAACAUGCAUCAUACAAAACAGAUUUGAUUUUAUAUAUCGCGCAUCUUUAGGCGUUGGAUUAGGAGUCGCGUUACAAUCCUUAUCUUUCUUUAUUACAUCAAUGUUUUAUCCAUUAAACAGAUUCCACGGCUAUUUUAUGUGCCUUACAUACAUGAUUUUCUCUCUUUUACUUCAUUUUAUCAAUAUUAAAAGCAAACAAUCAUUAAAGUACAAAGGAACGUUAUUUGAAACAUACUUACUUAUAUUUUGUCCAGUUAUUGUCGCACUUGCUGCAAAACACUGCUAUUUACGAGAUAAAUACGUUGCAAGUGGCCCAACUUUUGCCGAUUUACCAUUUCAUUUAAAUAUCAUACGCUCUUUCUCAACAGGAAUAAAUUACAAUCGAUCAUCUUUAUUCGAUGUUUGGUCUUCUUUUCAAUCAAAUUUAUCUUUAGCUUAUCCGAUGUUUCACAACUUCUACAUGGCUGCAUUAAUGAAUACAGAUGACAAAGGACCUGUUUUCAUGCUACAACUUACAGCAGCAUUGAUGUGUUACGUUACAAUAAUUUUAAUUCACGGAUUAGCUUUAGUUUAUACGAAAGAUCAUACGAAUGCAGCCAUAUCUAUCCUAGUAUGGACCAAUCUUGGUGGAUUUGGCUACUGGUGUCUUUUUAAAUACGGUACAUCUUUUAAUACAGCUGUUAAUUUCAUGAACCAUCUUGGUACAGAUACAAAUGCAUAUACAUUGCAACCACUUACGCAGAUAUUAAUUCCCCAGCGUAGCUCUUUGUUUUCUUUCCCACUUGUUCUUGGAAUUUUGAUGUGUUUUGUCAAAAUCACUCAAGAAAAGGAAAUAAACAUCAGAUACAUCAUUCUUGCAGGCUUAUGUACAUGUACACUUCCUCAAUUGCAAGUUCAUAGCUUUGUUGCCAUUGCUCAAUACUCAAUUUCUCUUUGUUUGAUUUUUCUUUUCAAAACGAAAGAAAAAUUUUGGCCAUAUUUCUUUAAAUGGUCUCUUUAUGGUCUGAUCUCUUGUUCCAUUGGAAUUCCCUUAACAUAUCCAUUCUGGGGACGUGCACAUGAAGGAAAACUAUUUUUAAACUACAAACCAAUUUGGGAUCAAAAUGUUUACGGAAAAUUCAAGUUCCCUUUGAUCCAAGUUUGGUGGAAUGGAUAUGGGCCAUUUGGCUACAUCAUGAUCUUGUUUGGAUGGAUUGCUGCUGAUAAGACACAACUCUAUCAUUGGAUAAGUUCUAUGGUUGUUUGGUUUUUCGCUUCUUUCAUUAGAUAUCAACCAUGGGAAGGAGAUAAUCUAAAAUUGUUUGCUGCUUGUUGGAUACCUAUUGCUGUUCCUUAUGUCACACAGUUCUAUUUAUACGUGUACAGGAAAGCAAAACAGCAUAAAUACAUCAGAUAUAUUGUUAUUUUCUUGAUUGUUCAACAGAUGUUUGCUGCUUUAAUAUCAUUUCCUUUGGAGUUGUUGAAACCAUUACAAGUCUAUUUUCCUAUUGACGAAGAAGCAGGAUAUUGGAUACAAGAGAAUAUACCUACAGAUGCUGUUAUUUACAGUUAUAGUUCUAGAUUUAAUCCUGCAACAUCAAUAGCAGGAAGACAGUUGUUUUAUGGAUUCAUUUAUUGGGUUUGUCAACAUGGGGUUUACGCAAAUAAUAGAGCUCAAACAAAUACGAAUUUGUUGAAUGAAAAAUGGAAUUGGAAUAUGUGGAAGAAUCGGUCAAUAGGAUAUGUACUUCAGAAGAAGAGAAAUGCUCCUGUUUUCUCACAUGAAGAUAAGCCAUUUUUGUUUUAUUUGCAAAGUGAAAAUGAAAAAGCUGUUUGGGAAACUAUAUUCGAAAAUGAAUGGUAUUAUAUGUAUAAACUAUCGAAAGAGAAUCCUUUCGAAAAUACAAAGGUACAGCCAGAACAUAAAGUAACCAAAAAGACGAAAAAGAGACAUCCAAAAAGAACUUAUAAUAUAUAA